AAUAUAUGUCAUGUGUCAAAAUAUCUAUCAAUAAUUUUCAAAUAUGGAAAGAUGAGACAUAAAUAAAAACAGAACAUAUUAUUUUAUUUUCAUGAAAAGUGCAAAAAUGAAUCAUAAAAUUAUAGCUACAUCAGCAUUAUAUAAAGGUAAAGUCAAAACAGCCUACACGGAGAUAUUGGAAUCUUUAAGAAGAGAUUUUUAUUGGAAAUGGGAGAAAAAGGCACGUGCUGGUUCCCAAGGGUUAGAACUUUAUAUAAAAAUAAAAACUCUAGGUACAGGUUCUUUUGGACGAGUGUACUUAGUGAAAAAAGAAAGUGAAGAUCAGGAUAAAGAAAAAGAUGAGUACUAUGCAAUGAAAUGUAUUUCAAAAGCUAGAAUAAUGAAACUACAACAAUUGGAACACACGUUAUAUGAAAAGAGAAUUUUAGAGGCUGUACGGUUUCCAUUUAUAGUACAUUUAGAAGCUUGCUAUAAGGAUAACAGUUAUGUCUACCUCGUGAUGCCUUUUAUAAAUGGCGGUGAAAUGUUCACUCAUCUCAGAAGGAUGAGAAAAUUUACAGAAGUAUUAUCAAGAUUUUAUGCAGCUCAAGUCUUAUUAGCUUUAGAAUUUCUUCAUUUUUGUGACAUAAUAUACAGAGAUUUAAAGCCUGAAAAUAUACUUAUCGACCAUAAGGGCUACAUUAAAAUUGCUGAUUUAGGAUUCUGUAAGUUAGUCCGGGGUCGUACUUGGACGCUUUGUGGCACACCUGAGUACAUAGCUCCAGAAAUCAUCCUAAGCAAAGGUUAUGGAAAAGCCGUCGACUGGUGGUCGUUUGGAGUGUUGCUUUUCGAAAUGAAUGCAGGUUACGCUCCAUUUUCUUCUGCAGACGUAAUGAAAAUAUAUGAAAGAAUCAUCGCGGGAAAAUAUAAAUGCCCAGCUACGUUUACUUACGAAUUGCAAAGCCUUAUCCAAAAUAUUUUACAGGUAGAUUUAAGUAGAAGGUAUGGAAAUUUAAAAAAUGGUAUACAAGACUUGAAGAGCCAUCGCUGGUUUAAAGAUAUGGAUUUUGUUGCAAUUUACAACAAACAAGUGGAACCACCGUUUAAACCAGCACUGAAAUCAGUUGGUGACGCAAGCAAUUUUGAUCAUUACGAUGAAGAAACGCUAAGAAUAAGUGAACAUAACUUAUUUAAGGAAGAUUUUGAGUUCUUUUAGUUUCAGUUUGGAUUUAAUGUAUAAUAUAUAUCAUAAGAGUGUUAUAUUUUGUUUCUUAAGUUGAUUUAUGUUCAUUAAUAAAUAAUUAAUGGGAAAUAUGAGAU